UUAAUUCCGCGUUCGACCUAGACAUGAGUUUUGGCCACUGUGUGAUUCCGUACACUGUCAAACAGUGUUGUGGUUGAUCCCUGUUUAAGAGCAAUUGCUCUUGUUUGUGUAUGACAAACGUGUUACAGUUAGCUGCAGUUAAUAGUGGGACAGAGCUGCUCUUUCUGCCUAGGUACUGCUCACGGAGCUUGGCCGCAGUUGCAAGAGGACGCCUGUUGACCGGAACACACAACAGGGAACCGAAUGUCUUCUAAAGGUGGAGGCACCAGUCUGACCAGAAGGAGCUACAGACUGUCCACAGACAUAGACAAAACUAAAGCCACAGGGAUUAUCAACGAGAAGCUGCUCAGUGACUACCUGCACCAUGUCUUCCCCUCAACCAAUCAGGGACCUGCAGUGGCACCUCUCAGGAACUCUCUUGGUUUUCAGGAUCUUUCAUCUCACAUAGACAGACUUUUGUCUGAAGGAGAAGUCUUUGAGGAGAUUAAAGAUGAGCCUGUGGACGGUCGUCUGGGUCCUCAGCCUGUGGUCCUGGAUCACACUAGUGGUUUUGAAGGACUUUUGUUUGUAGAUGAUGACCUGCUGGGGGUGAUUGGACACAGCAACUUUAGUUCCAUCAGAGCCACCACCUGUGUUUAUAAAGGGAAAUGGGAGUACGAGGUUCUGAUCUCCUCUCAGGGUCUGAUGCAGAUUGGCUGGUGCACACUUAAUUGUCAUUUCAACCAAGAGGAGGGUGUGGGCGACACCCCCGAUUCGUACGCUUAUGAUGGCAACAGAGUCAGGAAGUGGAACGUGACAACAACCAACUAUGGAAAGUCUUGGGCAGCAGGUGACAUCGUCAGCUGUCUGAUUGACCUGGACGAAGGAACCAUCACCUUCUGUCUGAACGGACAGUCUUUGGGGACAGCCUUCACCGAUAUUAAGACUGGACCAGGUGUCGCCUACUUUCCUGCUAUCAGUUUGUCCUUCAAAGAGUCAGUGGCGUUUAACUUCGGGAGCCGCCCGCUACGGUACCCAGCAGAGGGUUACCUCCCACUGCAGGACCCACCCAUCACAGAGCUGACCAAAGCCCACAAGCUGCUAGGCUACAUCAAAAAUAUCCUGUCCACCACCAUAGACACCCAGGAGGACAGGUUGGUAGAGAGUGAUUCCGCCACCUGGAGCCUUUGUGGAGACACCACCAUCCUUGUCACCCUGGCACAUGUCUUCAACUACUUUGCUCCUCUUAUGUGUAAGGUGUACCUGGUUGAGGACGUUCUGAUGAACUUCUUUCUGGGAAUACUGGAGGGAGGAGGUUCAGUCAGUGAACAUCCACUCAUUCAACAACUGCUGGAUUUAUUUUGGCUCAUUAUGGAGGAUUAUGAAGUGAACGAGUGUUUGAAGCAGUUAAUGAUGUCAUUACUCAGGGCCUAUCGAUUCUCUCCAAUAAUCCCUGAUCUGGGAUUUCAGGUCCACUACCUGCGUCUGACCACUGCGAUCCUUCAUCAUGAGAAGUCCAGGAAGUACCUGCUCAACUAUGUUUUAUUCGACGUUCUUCGCUCUGUUGUCUUCUUCUACAUCAAAACUCCUUUGAGGGUAAAGGAAGCUGGGCUGGAGGAGCUCAUUCCCACCACCUGGUGGCCAACACACUUUGACAAGGAGGGUAAGGCAGAGCGUGAACCUAAAGAUGAGAGCGCAGAUGAACGUGUGAGGAGGAGAGCAUACGAUCGUGGUUGUCAGAGGCUGAAGAAGAGGAUCGAAGUGGUGGAGGAGCUGCAGGUUCAGAUUCUCAAGCUUUUGCUCAGCAACAAUGAUAAGGCUACGAGUGAAGCUUCUCGAUACAUUUUCCUAAACAAGUUCAGGAAGUUUCUGCAGGAAAAUGCCAGUAACAGAGGACAUCCCACAGCUCUGUGUCCUCCGGAGUAUAUGGUUUGUUUCCUUCAUCGUCUUAUUGCGGCGGUGAGAAGCUGCUGGGACGAAGGGCAGAAGAAAAGGCCAGGCAGCAUUAAGAGUGAAGAGGCCUUCAUUCCCGCCCAGCUCUUCUUUAAUGGUAAAGUGGACUACUUUGACCUUCAGAGACUAGGGGGUCUCCUGUCCCAUUUGAAGAAGACGCUCAAAGAUGACCUGGCCAGCAGGGCCAACAUCAUCAUAGACCCAGCAGAAAUUCAGGCCACGUCUAUGGACGACCUGGAUGAGGACGAGGAGACUGGAGCAGCUCAGAGACCCGGCGGUGCAGCCGCUGUGAGUGGAACUCUGGGCAGACCCAGCUGGUUAAGUUCUCCCACGUUGGGCCGGGCCAAUCGGUUUCUGAGCACGGCUGCCGUCAGUCUAAUGACACCCAGGCGUCCUCUGACCCAGCAGGAGAAGGUGAAGGUUCGAACCCUGGCAGUGGAGCAGAGGACAGAGGAGGACAUUGAGGGUAGCCACAGUAAUGACGGCCUGUUGCUGGGGCGACUGAUAGAUGAGCCUGACCAGCAGGUGGCAGACAAGUCCCUGCUGGAGAUAUUGGAUGGCAUCGUGAUGAUGUACAACCUGAGUGUUCAUCAGCAGCUGGGGAAGAUGGUGGUGGUCUCUGACGACGUCCAUGAGUAUGCCAUGGCGCAGAAGGACACAGAGGAGAAGAUCACACGAUGUCCUGCGCAAAGGAUGGACAUCCUAGACGAGCUGCAGAAGAGUCAGAAGGUUUUUUCUGAGAAGCUCAACCACCUGAGCAGACGGCUGGCCUGGAUCAACACUACCAUCUACUCCAAGGAGAAGAUGCUGGAUAUUUACUGGCUCCUGUGUGUCUGCAUUCGCACCAUCAAACACGCUGACAACAGCGGCUCGCUCUUUGCCUUUAUGCCUGAGUUUUACCUCAACGUGGCCAUGAACGCCUACAGCGCCCUGAAAAACUACUUUAGCCCGUCCCACAGCAUGGAGGAGCUUCCAGGUUAUGAAGAAACUCUGACUCAGCUGGCUGCUAUCCUGGCUAAACACUUUGCUGAUCCACGGAUUGUAGGAACAGGUGCACACACUCACACACACACACACACACACACACUAAUAUCAGUCUCUCACCAAGGUUAUAAUAGUUUGGGGUUGUCCGUCGUAGUUCAGUUUUAUUUUGUUUCUUUUAUUCAGUUUGAAUUCGUUUUUCAGAGCGAGUUUGCUAGUUUCGUGUGUUGUCAGGGUUGUGGUUUUGGAUACAGAUACACUCGACUUCCCACCCUGCUGAAAACCAAACCUGAAGACAUGAACCUGCCAAGCCUGCAGAAGCCGUGUCCCUCAUUGCUGCUGCAGAGACACAUGGCGGAGCUGCUGAACACGGACAAAGAAAUGGCUGCUUCGUUUCUUAACAGUGUCCUCAACCAGCUAAACUGGGCCUUUUCUGAGUUCAUAGGCAUGAUCCAGGAGAUCCAACAGGCAGCAGAACGUCCAGAAAGGAACUUUGUGGAUGCUCGUCAGCUGAAGGUGUGUGCCACCUGUUUCGACCUCUCUGUGAGUCUGCUGCGAGUGCUGGAAAUGACUGUUACCUUGGUUCCUGAGAUUUUUCUGGACUGGUCCCGCCCCUCUGCUGAGCUGCUUCUCAGACGAUUGGCCCAGCUUCUGAACCAGGUGUUGAACAGAGUCACAGCUGAGAAGAAUCUGUUUGACCGUGUGGUCAACCUGAGACUACCAGGUCUGGAAAGUGUGGACCACUACCCCAUUCUGGUGGCAGUCACAGGAAUCCUGGUUCAGAUUCUAUUGGAUGGAGACAGACAAGGAACGUCUCCAGCUGCUUCCGUCCUUCUCGCCGAUCCCUGCUUCCAGUUGCAUUCGAUCCAGUACCUGUUAGGAGAGGGUGCAGAGCCUCCUGGCUCCUCCUCCUCCAUGUCUUCAACUCGUCAUGUGGUUGGAGCCUUGAGUUCAUCCGUGGCUCCUCCCCUUCCUCUUACCUCAGGAAGCAGCGGACAAUCAGAGGGCAAACACUUCUCCCUGCAGGCGUACAGCGACUACAUCACUGAGGAGGAGAAACACAGGGUGGAGCAGGUGUUGCAGUUGCUCACAGAGGAAUCCAAAAAGGCUGCUGCCUCCACAGCUCCAACCAGUGAGGAGGACCUGUGUCCCAUCUGCUAUGCUCACUCCAUCUCUGCUGUCUUCAGACCCUGUUCACACAAGUCCUGCAAGGCUUGUAUCAACCAACAUCUGAUGAACAACAAAGACUGUUUUUUCUGCAAAGCCACCAUCACUGGAGUGGACGACUACACUAAGAGUUCCACAACCUAAAGACAGCAAGACAAGGACCCCCCGACGGCAAGACAAGGAUUUGAAGAUAGUGGUACAAAGACAAGAAGACAAAGACCUGAGAACAAGAAGACAAAAACCUUAAGACUAGAACAUAAAGACCUCAGGACAACGGACAAAGACCCGAACACAACAAGACUUAGACCUGAAGAAAGCAGGACAAAGGCCUGGAGACAAGAAGUCAAAGACCUCAAGACAAUAGGACAAAGACGUGGAGGCAUGGGACAAAUACCUGAGGCCAACAGGACAUAUACCUGGAGAUAACAAGACAAAGACUUGAGGACAAAGGGACAAAGACCUGGAGACAACAGAAUAUAGACCUGUAGACAACAAGACAAAGACCAGAAGACAACCUCAUUGAAGAAUUGACAACAUUUGAAUGUCACCUGUCUUUGCUGCGAUGUAAUCACACAUGACUUCCUUUGUCAGUGCCAUGGGUCAUGUGAGUGGAAUUGGACAUUGCUGUAUCUUUUCGUUUGUCUUUUAUGACUUGAGAAGUUGUUUUAAAGUAGGUUUGAAGCUUGAAAACACACUCCUUUUGAUUUUAAAGUACUUUUUUUAUUUUUCAAGAUUAACUCGAAACAAAAGAUUUAAACAUGAAUUUAAAAUCUCGGCACAUUUGCUUUUAACAUUCGGUUGAAUCCCUACAUUUUUACUUUCGAAUUUUCUCCUUCUUUAGACUCCUGGAUUCAUUCAGAUGUUUAAAAGAUGUCCAAACAUUGUUUACUGCCAUAAUAUAUGGACAUUUAAAUCAAAAGAAUGGUUCAAACUGUCCAAACUUGUGACAUUCACUGACACUGAGGCUGCAGAGAAAAGUCCGGUUGAUUAUAAAUGUGUUUGUUGUGACUCUAAAACAUUAAAUUAUUUAUAUUCCAGAGGA